AUGUUCAGGCAAAUAAAAAUUGCUGAAAAGGAUCGCGAAUAUCAUAGAAUUUUAUGGCGUGAAAGUCCGUUGAACAAAAUUGAGGAAUAUAAGUUGACCACAGUGACUUAUGGUACUGCAUCAGCUCCACAUUUAGCAGUACGCACAUUAUUUGAAAUUGCAAAUAAAUGUUCAAAUAAACAGCUCCAAACAUUAAUAAAAGAAGACUUCCACAUGGAUGACCUUAUGACUGGCGCAGAUUCAGUUAAACAAUGUCAAGCCAUUCAAGAAGGCAUCAGCAAUCAUCUUCAAAUCUUUGGAUUUCAUCUUCGAAAAUGGCUUUCAAACUGCAGUAGCAUAACACGAAAUAUAAAAGCGAAAGAAGACAAUGAAAUAAUUCAAAUUAAAAAAAAUGAAGCAGUGAAAACUCUUGGACUAUAUUGGGAUCCAAAACAAGACGAAUUCCAAUUCAGAAUUAAUUUGACAAAUGCCAAAAAAACCACUAAAAGGAGCGUUCUUUCACAGCUUGCUCAAAUAUUUGAUCCACUGGGUUGGCUCUCACCAAUAACAAUCAUAGCAAAGCUAUUCAUUCAGAAACUUUGGAUGCAACAAUCCGACUGGGAUGAGCAGCUAUCAGAAAGUCUACAAUCAGAAUGGUCGAUCUUCCUAGAAAAUAUAAAAGAUUUGGAAAACGUGCGUAUCCCACGAUGGAUAGAAACACAUUUGCAAUCCGAGGUUGAAAUACAUGGAUUUGGUGAUGCUCCCGGAAAGGCAUGCACACCAUGCUACAAUACAUGGUGGAAACCGGUUAACAGAAGCAAUUAUCAGGAGACAAUACUGGAUAAUCGGGGUUAA